CGGCCGCGGUCUUCAGCAGGCACCCGGGGCGGAGUCUCCCUGACACCUGGCCUUGGAGGGACGCGGCUAGUGCCUGCUCCAGGCCUCUCGGCCGCGCAGUCAGCCUUAGUGUGCGGAAUCAGGUUCGAGCUUCGCCUUGUCCUCUUCUGCAUGCGUUACUGAACAGGACCAGUUGCCACGAGACUGAAGGCUGUAACUCUGGCCCCGGAAGUCUUCCCUGCUCUCUGGACAGCAAGUGUGUGCAGAAUGCCCCACAAGAUUGGAUUUGUAGUGGUCAGCUCCUCUGGACAUGAAGAUGGCUUCAGCGCCCGGGAACUAAUGAUCCACGCACCAACUGUCAGUGGGUGGAGGUCACCAAAAUUCUGCCAGUUUCCACAAGAGAUCGUUCUGCAGAUGGUGGAGCGGUGCAGAAUAAGGAAGCUGCAGCUGCUGGCUCACCAGUACAUGAUCUCCAGCAAAGUCGAGUUCUACAUCAGUGAGAGCCUGCCCGAGUACUUGGUGCCAUACCAAGCAGAGCGCUUCCGCAGACUGGGCUAUGUCUCCCUCUGUGACAAUGAAAAGACAGGCUGCAAAGCCCGGGAACUCAAGUCUGUUUAUGUGGACGCUGUGGGGCAGUUUCUUAAACUCAUUUUUCACCAAAACCACGCCAACAAGUACAACGUAUAUAAUCAGGUGGCUUUGGUUGCAAUAAAUAUCAUUGGAGACCCUGCAGAUUUGGGCGAUGAAAGCAAUACUACCUGUAGGGAGAAGCUGAUCGACCACUACCUGGGCCACAGUCCCCACAAUCCUGAGGACCCAGCCCUAGAUGGAACUUUUGCUGGGAGAUCUGAUUAUAUCUCUCCACUCGAUGACUUGGCGUUUGACAUGUACCAAGACCCUGAAGUCGCCCAGAUCAUCCGCAGGCUGGAUGAAAGGAAGCGGGAAGCAGCCAAGAAGGAGCGCUAUGACCAUGCAAAGAAACUGAAGCAAGCCAUCGCUGACUUGCAGAAGGUCGGUGAGCGCCUCGGGCGCUAUGAGGUGGAGAAGCGCCGUGCGGUGGAGAAGGAAGACUAUGACCUGGCCAAGGAGAAGAAACAGCAGAUGGCUCGCUACCGUGCCCAGGUGUACGAGCAGCUGGAGCUACAUGGCCUUCUGCAGGGCGAGCCAGAGAUGCAGAGACCGUUCGCCCUGCCCCUCCAGCCCCUUGCAUCUCCCAGCAGUCCCCAGCACUGGAAGGCAGUGUCCUCACUCCCUCGCACAGAAGAGCUGGCAGCUGAAGACACAUGUGCUGGCCCCAUCCUCCAGGAGAAGCCCUUGGCAUCUUCUCCUCGGCAUUCAGCAGUGGAUCGGUCCCCACCUGCUGCAGGCCCUGCCCCAAGGAGCCAUGUGGAAGCCCUGCCCUAUGAUGAACGGCCUCUUCCUGUCACUCGCAAGCAGUUGGAGGAACCAUCUGCAGAGCCAGAAGUGAGAGAGGCAGACAGUGAUGUCCGGAGACGGGGUGUCUCAGCGGAGCCAGAGCCCUUGACAGAGAAGGCUUUGAGAGAAGCCAGCUCUGCCAUCGACACCUUAGGCGAAGCCUUGGUGGCUGGGGCCUAUUCUAAGAUGUGGUCCUGCCGAGAAGAUGCACUGCUGGCAUUGUACAAGAGGCUGAUGGAGAUGCCUGUUGGAACCCAGAAGGAAGAUUUGAAAAACAUGCUCAGAGCAUCUGUCUUUCUCAUCAGAAGAGCCAUAAAGGACAUUGUAACCUCAGUCUUUCAGGCUUCACUGAAACUGCUGAAGAUGAUAAUUACACAGUAUAUUCCCAAGCACAAGCUGGGCAAACUUGACACAACGUACUGUGUGGAGAGAGCUAUCCCCCUUUUACUUGCCAGAACUGGAGACUCCUCUGCCCGCCUCCGUGUCAUGGCCUUGAAUUUCAUCCAGGAAAUGGCCUUGUUUAAGGAGGUGAGGUCUCUCCAGCUCAUUCCGUCUUACUUGGUGCAGCCGCUGAAGACCAAUGCUUCCGUUCAUCUGGCAAUGAGCCAGGUGGACCUCCUGGCCCGGCUGCUGAGAGACCUGGGCACUGAGGGCUCAGGCUUCACCGUGGACAAUGUGAUGAAGUUUGCAGUGAGCGCCCUGGAGCACAGGGUAUAUGAGGUGCGAGAGACAGCAGUCAGAAUCAUUCUGGACAUGUACAGACAGCACCCAGCCCUCACCCUGGAGCACCUUCCUCCAGACGACAGCACCACACGCAGGAACCUUCUCUACAAAGCCAUAUUUGAGGGGUUUGCUAAGAUAGAUGGCAGGCCGACCGAGGCUGAAGGAAAGACCCAGAAAAGAGUAGUCACAAAAGAAGCAGAAAAACAAAAGAAAGAAGAGACGAAGGCUCUACAGGGCCUGUCAGCAGCACCAAGAGAGACCCAGGCUGGAGUCCAGGAGAAGGAGAAUGAGGCUGUGAAGCUCAAGAAUCAAGACCCUCAAGGAAGGAAAGCUGCCCCACCUGACACUCCAGAAAUCCCAGAUAACCACUAUUUGGAUAAUCUGUGCAUCUUUUGUGGGGAGAGGAAUGAGUCCUUCACAGAAGAGGGCCUGGACCUCCACUACUGGAAACACUGCCUCAUGCUGACCAGAUGCGACCACUGCAGGCAGGUGGUUGAGAUAUCCAGCCUGACUGAACACCUGCUGACAGAGUGUGACAAAAGGGACGGGUUUGGGAAGUGCCCCCGCUGCAGUGAGGCUGUCCCCAAGGAGGAGCUUCCUAGGCACAUCAAAACUAAGGAAUGCAACCCUGCCAAGUCGGAGAAGGUGGCAAACCGCUGUCCCCUGUGUCAUGAGAACUUUGCUCCUGGAGAAGAGGCAUGGAAGGUUCAUCUGAUGGGCUCUGCUGGCUGCACAAUGAACCUGCGCAAGACACACAUUCUCUGCAAGGCUCCAGCCCCGCAGCAAGGGAAAGGCCCAAUGGCGUCGAAGUCAGGCACCUCAGCACCCAAGGUUGGAAGCAAGAUCCCCACCCCAAAGGGAGGCCUCAGUAAGAGUUCCAGCAGGACACACACAAGACGGUGACAGAGUUUUCAGUUCUGUCUCCGCCAGGGGCUGUGCAAGGUUCCCUGUUCUAAGCCAGUAUGUUGGCAUGGUGAUGCAGGGCUCUGUGCCCACCGUCCCUUGGCCUCUUGUGUCCUAGUGUCUACUGUCACAAGAACAGUACAUGAUAUGACCAAAGAGCCCUUUCCAAUGUGGCCGCAGUUCUGGGCCCUCUGUCAGUGCUCAGAAUGCCACAGGCACAGCACCCACCCCCUUACUACUGAGAAGACGCACCCCAGACUUGGAGCUCACUGGUGUGAGCACACAUUGGGCUUUGCACAGGGCUAAGUUGGCUUUGGUGGCCCUAGAAGACUACAGCAAGCCACACUGGGCCUGCUGUGCUGUCUCUCGUGGUCCUGUCUGCCAGGUUGUCACACUAUAUACAGCGACAAACAAUAAAGGAAAUCAAGCAAAGACAGCCACUCUAAGAGCAGGUCCCUCCUACGCACACAGCCCGAUGCUCACUGUGUACCUGUCCCUGUGGCCCCCCUGACAGCCCUGCCUUGAUGCCUUCCCUCGGUGGGUGCAGAGCCCUGAAUGAAUGGAUGCUGGAUGAUGUGUCCUGGUUACCCUACAUGCACCUGACCACAACCCACCUGCAAGCCUCAGUUUUCCUUAUGGCAAAAUUAAUGCCUUCCACAUUUGCCUAGCCCACAAAGAUGUCACACAUACCUUGCUGGCCCAGAGCUCUGUCACAUCCCGUGAUGUAACUGAACCCACAUUCCCAAAUCCUUCAUAGUGCCCGCUCACAAGUGCUUCACUGAUCAGUGACACAGACCUCAGAACACAGCUGUCAGCGGCUCACCCGUGUCCUCAUCCCUCCUGUCACCGUUCCUGCUUCCUGAGGAACUGUCCCUUUGAAAUGUCUAGGAUUGAGAACAUGAAUAUUAUAAAAUUAGGGCAUAUUUCUUUAAAAUUCCCAACCAUGUGAACCAAGCUCCAUAAAGAUGUGUGUGUGCCCGAGCAGCACCCUGGGCGCUAACCUCGUGGACUCACCCCUGCUUUUGGCAAAUGGCUCCCACUGUGCUUGGCUCAGAGUAUCAAGUGGAACAGGAUCUAUCAAGAGGAGGCUCCUGUCAGAGCAGAGGCCUUUAGUGUCAAGAAAACAGGGCAGGACUAAGAAAGCAAAGCUGGGCGCCAAGGGAUGAUAAGGUGGCCCUUCAGGUCAGAGAUGCUGGCAUUGUUUCCUAACCUGCCUUAAAGUACAGACGAUAAUGGAGAGUUAACCUCAGAACUAGACAGAAGUACAUACCUGUAAUGUUUCUAUCUGUUGUAACCCUGAGAUGCUGUAAAUCCCUUCAUUUUUAACCCAGCAUGGUGGCUCACCCCUGUACUCCUAGCACUUGGGAGGCUGAAGUUAGAAGCUCAGAGGGAAGCCUGGGCUACAGAGUGAGACCGGCUCAGAAUAAGACAGAGCAACAAAGAGUACUUCAUUUUUAGCUCUCAUGUUUUGCCUGUUACAGAAUCAUGAGUUUCUGCAGAGGUGACUGGCAGGCAGUAUUGGCAGCCACAAAGCUCCACAUCACUGUGCUUGAUUCAGGGAAGGAGCUACGUACCCCCAGCCCUUCAUAAUAUCUAAGUGGAUCACUCCUCAAACCUUCACGUAUGCUACAUUGUGGAUAUUUAAUAUUUAUUUAUAUUAUUUUCAUAAAAGAUUCUACUUAAUUUAAAAGAAUUGUGUCAUAUCUGAUACUAAAAUACAAAUGUAAAUACCUCUAAUGAAAAUUUGCAACUUUUUAAUGUUUUAACAUAGUUUUCUAUUUGUCUUUAUUUCAGGUAUAGAAUAAUAUAUUUUUAUUGUUGCUGUUUGAGGGUUUAUGUGCUAAUUUGCCUUGUGUACACUAAUACAGUAAAGAUCACUCA